GAAAAGCUGUGUCUUAAGCAUCAGGUGGAUUCGAAGUGCACGCUACAUCUGGUUUUCUGGAGGAUGCAUGUUGUCGACCCGGAGUUGGACUCACAGGAAUCCCUGGAUGAUAACAUUGUCAAUAGUUCAGUGUCAUCCACCACUGAUGACGACUCAUAUUCACGCAAUGUUCAUUCCUUGAGUUCAUUUAAUCUCCAACCAAGAGAUGGCAAUUAUGGUAAAUACAAGAAACAACUAGACUGUAAUUUACGUAUUGGAAGUGCUUAUUACAUAGGCACUACAAUAAAUCCAAAUUUCAAUCUUUCUACUGAUGAACAGCAUAAAACAAUGAAAGAGGAUGUUGUUGACAAAACUGCCAGAUCACAAGCCUUUUUAAGAAAUCCAUUCAAUUUGUUAUUAGCUCGUGAACAAGGUGAUAUUGGUGCAUCAUCAAAAUCACGUCGACUACGUUAUAGAGCAACUCGUUGGAUAACAGAAGGUCAUCAACGAUAUAAUGGCUUGCAAAUUUAUGGUAAUCGAUGUAAAGGUGUCCUGUAUCCUGAUGCACAAACAUUUCAAGAGAAUAUUCAAGGCAGUUUAUGGGCUGUUAAUAGAUUGCAUUUAGAAAAUAAAUUUGAGUGUCACCAUGGUUGUGUGAAUGCUUUGAAUUUCAAUUCAAGAGGAAAUUUAAUUGCCUCUGGAUCUGAUGAUUUAAGAGUUGUUAUAACAAAUUGGAUGACCGGUGAACAAAUGUGGAAUUAUCGUACAGGUCAUAGUAUGAAUAUAUUUCAUGUGAAAUUUAUCCCAGAAUCAAAUGAUUUAAAAAUUGUUUCAUGUGCUUGUGAUUCAGAGGUUAGAUUAGCCCUGCUGUCGCCUGCAGGCGGUUUAGCCGGUCCUACUCGGCUCUUGGCAAAGCAUACUCGUGCGUGUCAUAAAUUAUCUAUUCCCGAAGGUGAACCAAAUAUUGUCCUAUCAGCUGGUGCAGAUGGACGAGUAUUUUCAAGUGAUGUGAGAACUUCAGUGGCUCACAAGAUACUUCAUUUAGCAUAUUCUGAAUUUUUCUCCAUUGCUUCAAAUCCCGUACGCUCACAUGAAUUCGCAUUGUGUGGUAGAUCUGAAUCAGUUGUACGAAUUUAUGACCGACGUAAAGUUAGCAGACACGAUCCAAAGAAGGGAUUACUGCACACUUUUGGUGUAGAUCAUCUACGUGCAAAUAGUAGACGUCAGUCGACGACAACAACAACAAAUACAGGAGGAGAAAGUCAAUUCAGUCAUCGUGUCACGAUGAAUUCACGUACAAGUCGUCGUCGUCAUCUUUCUGGUGAUUCGGAUUCCGAUUCAGACUCAGAUAGAAAUUUGUUAAGUUCGCUAACUGCACAAUUGGGUCAUGGUGUACGUGCUGUACUUAGUGCUCUUGGCGGGCGUGCACGAGCAGCACUACUCAGUGGGAAUACUAAUGACAGUAGUAUACCAUCGAAUUUAGCAGAUGAUUUUGAUCUGACAAUGUACAGUGUCACUGCUGCUGUGUAUAGUCCUCAGGGUGAUGCUAUUCUUUUGUCUUACAAUGAUGAUGAUAUCUAUUUGUUCGAUGUGAAUCAUCUUGAUAAACCCUAUUUACACAAAUACUCUGGUCAUCGUAAUAUGCAGACAAUCGUUGGAGCUACAUUUUUUGGACCAAAUGGUGAAUAUAUUGUCUCUGGUAGUGAUGAUGGUUACUUUUAUCUAUGGGAUAGAGAAUCUGAAGGUGUCGCACAAUGGCUUCAUGCAGAUAUUGGUGGUGCUGUCAAUAUUAUUGAAUCACAUCCUACACUUCCAGUUUUAGCCUCAGCUGGAUUGGAUUAUGAUUUCAAGAUAUGGUCACCAAUACGUCCAUUAUAUGCUGAAGAGGAUGAGACAUUUACCCAUUUAAAAUAUUCAACGACUAGAAUUAAUUCAGAUGUUCAACGACUUCGUAAAUCGAAGUUAGCUAAAGCAUUUUUUCCAAAUAAUGAUUUUAUUAACAAUACUACCAAUAAUAGUAAUACUGAGAUGGAAUCUCUUCGUAAAUUAUUAUCAGACAAAACGAAUGGAAUUUCUAUUUCAAUAGACUCUUUAACUUCAUCAUCAUCAUCACCAUCAUCACCAUCAUCACCAUCAUCAUUAACAUCGCCAUCGUCGUGCUCUAUCUCCUCCACCACCUCCCCCUCCUCUUCGUCAUCUUCAUCUUUAUCGACUUCAGAUGAGGAGAUGACAUCCACCACUACAAAUCAUCAUAUUGAUGAAUGUGAUGAUAUUAAAAAUUCUAAGAAACAAAAACAGAUGCCAUAUGAAUUUAUAAAUACUAGUACAGAAGAAUAUUCUGUUGAUAUGGAUUCUGCAUCGUCAUCAUCAGCUACUGCUGCUGCUGUUGCUGCUGCUGCUGUUUAUACUCUGAGUAAAUCUCGUAAAAGACGACAUCCAAACACGGAUAUGAUAUUCAAUGAGGAUAUAGAAGCCGGUGGUAAUAAUGUUGCUCACAAUGGAGACUAUUGUACUGAACAAAAUGAUGAGAUGCUACAAGUUGAUAAUAAUACUAAUAAUAUUGAUCACAAUGAUAAUAAUAAUAAUAAUACAAUAAAACAAGAGAUGAACGGUAUCUCAUCAGAGAUAAUAAAUCCUCAAGAAUCUCCUCCGCUUAGUAAACAACCGAAACGAUCAUCGUCAUCUUCACAAGUGUUGCCAACAUGCUCAACUUCAUCUACAAUUCCCAAUAAUAAACAAGAAUUAACACCUUGUAAAAUACAAGAAAAUGAUGAUAAGACUAUCAAAGAGACAGCUAAGAAUACUGUAGGAUAUCAAGAUAUUAACAAUAAUAAUAAUAAUAAUAAUAGUAAAAAUGGUGAAUCGCAGUCGAACAGUGAUAGAAUUCAACCAAGGAUACCACAAUACUUCUUACCCUUUAAUCAAAUCGACUUACAGUUGCGUGUUGGUCAGAAUUGGGUUAAUCGAGCCUUGGAGCGUAGUCAAUUAGAAUGUUUAGAUGAUAGAAGUUUCCGCAUUCUAACAGCAAUUGAAUCAGUUGCUGAAUUACGUCCAAUAAGCAUAAACAAUACAGACGACGAUAAUAGUGAUUCAGAUUCAAGCAAUAACACCAACAACAGUUCUAGUGAUUCAAACAAUAACAUCACCAUCACUAACACCAACAACAACAACAACGCCGAUGAUGAUGACGGUAAUGGUGAUAAUAGUUCCCCUGAUCCUUUUGAAUUUAUUCAGUCUGUAGUUAGGCUUAAUGAUCAUUUUGAUCUUCCAGGUAACAACCGAAGGAGAAUAAGACGAACACGAACAAACAAUCAUGAUGCUGUUGAUAAUAUAGAACAAAGAAGUGAAGAAACAUUAGCUACUAGAGAUCGUGAAGAAGGAUCAGAUGAACACAGUUCAUCAGAUGAUGAAGAUUUUGAUAAUGACAAUAAUAAUAAUAAUAGUAAUAAUAUUGCAUCAAGAAUAUCUAGUUUUUUAGCUAACGAAUUUAAUUGUUCUUCAGAUUCAGACAGUACCUUCUCAUCUUCAUCGUCUUCAUCUUCGACACCAUCAUCAUCAUCUUCAAGUUCAGCAGCAACAUCAAAUCCUUCAUCACCAUCCAGUGGUGGUGGUAUGCUUACUGGUGUACCGGUUUCAAGGCGAAAAUUCUCAUAGCAUGCAUGCAUGCAUGUGUGUGUGUGUGUGUAAAUGUCAAAUGAAAAGAGAGGAAAAGAAUUUGAAUGAUACAUUUUUGUGAUUAUUAUUAUUAUUUUUGGGAUCUUUACCUGUUCUGUUCCAAUUUUUGUAAUGCAUUUUGUUUGUUUGUUUCUGUUAUUAUUGGCAAGAAUUCAUCUCAUUUUUAUAUUCUACGUUUUUGUCUUUGGCGCAUGUAUAAUUUGCGUGCGUGCGUGCGUGCGCGCACUCCCACACAGAGGCACACACACACGCACACACAGUGACAAUAUUUCAUGUGUUCUUCCCUGGGAUGAGUAAAUAUCACCGCUAGUUAGUUAGUGAGUUAGUUAUUAUUAUUAUUAUUACUACCAAGAACGAUUAGGCAACUAAGUAUUACUAUUAUUAUUGUUACUCUAACCUUUGUAAAUUAUUCUCUAAUUCCAUUAUGACCUUGUUAAAAUUUGCACACUAUUUGACAUGAAUUCAUUCUCUCUCUCUCUCUUUCUGUGAGUGUGUGGGUGUGUGCAUUACAUUUCAUCAUCAUCACCAUCAUCAGUGGAGUAAAGUAAAACGCCAAACAAACAUUAUAUUACACAUGUAUAUAUGUGGUCCAGGGUUCGAUCCCCUGUUGGACUGCAAAAUUUGGAGCUGCCGAGAUAAAACACAGGCUGAAAAUUUCCUACUUGUAUCAAGAAAAAAACGGUGCAGAAUCCAAACUAUAGUCAAAUAUUUUGAAAAAAAAGUUAAAUAAAUAUAUAUGUAUAAUACUACUUCUACAUAAAACCGAUAGAGAACACUUUUAACCUACUGAAGUGUGUGAUUGAGGUGGGUGAGAAUUUCUUUUGUUUUGUUUUCACAUAACUAUGUCUCUCGCUUAUAAUUUAUUUUGUUUGUUUGUUUAUCUUUUUGUAUCUCAUAAAAUACCAUUUCAUGAUGACAUUUAUUUUUUUUCCUUAAAUUAUUUUAUUCCUUUGCGUCCUUUUGAGUAGAACUUAUAUAUAUAUAGGCUGUUCAAAGCUUGAAUGUUU